GGCGAUCAUGCAAGACUACAAAUUAACUAACUAAGCUUUAUAAUAGACCAAUAACCAGUACUACUCUAUAGUACGAUUUUCCGGCAACACGGGUAAAGGAGACUUGUAUUCAAGACAUUCCGCUUCAAUAUAUCGUUGGUCAGCACAAUGUUUUCGCUUUAGUCACCCAUUUCCACUCAAAUUACCUCAACAUGUGGCAUGAUAUGAAGCCAUUUGCAAAAAUGAAAAAAAAUGGCCCUCCUUCCUAAAGAGGAUUAAUGAGUCCCAUCCGAGCGGGAAGGUAACUUUACCUCGCAUCAUCUCCGCAACGAUGCAUGAUAUACCGAGUCAAGAGAGAGCCUAUAUCAAUACUGAAGUCCGGGGUUCUCGUAUAGACUAGCCCAUAGGUCGGCAUUCUUUCCGUGUCCGGAUAUAACAUUCGUUAUUCAGGGGGAGACUAACGCCGUAAAAGCUAGAGACUUGGCAGUGAUACACCUUCGGUCUCAUAUUCGAAGAUAAUUCGUAUUUGGAAAUUUCCCCAUUUGGAAACUCACUUACAAAUGGAACUUCGACCAAUUCCACGCCAUUCCCAGCAACCGCUUUAUUAGCGUUCGCAUAUCAGCGUAACACAAGAGCGACCUUUUGAACCGCUACCCUGUUAAGAUAUUGAUACAAUGGCAAAGAACGAGCCAAAUUCGGAGACCGAGGAAGAGGUUGAUUUGGCGAUUAUUGGAGGCGGACCGACUGGACUCCUCUCGGCACUUCUCGCAACCCGUCUAGGCCUGUCCGUAAGGGUCAUAGACGCCAAAUCUGGGCCAUUGGAGGUGGGACGAGCGGACGCCCUGAAUGCACGCACGCAACAAUAUCUCGAAGUAGUAGAGAUCCUUAAUAAACUGCUCCCGCUGGGAAUCAAAUGCAAUACUAGUUCGACAUUCUCAGAUGGCAACUUUAAAUCUCGUCAAAGCCAUUGGUGGACAUCGCUUGAGCACUGUGCUCAUCCCAACUUUUUGAUGAUCGGCCAGUCGGUGGUAGAGCAAAUACUGAAGGAUGAGCUUGAUUCGCCUGUAUAUUACCAGGAGAAAGUUGUCUCAAUAUCCGAGAAUAAGGAUGGCGUUAUACUGAAUACGGACCGCGGACGAAGAGUCAGGAGCAAAUAUGCAAUCGCCGCCGAUGGUGCGCGCUCGACUGUCCGCCAGGCGCUGAAUAUCAGCUUUACCGGAACAAAGCCUGAGAUGGUAUGGGCGGUGCUUGAUACGUUCAUCGAUACCGACUUCCCUCUAUGCUCAGAAAUCAUUACGUUCCAACUCAGGGGUCAGUCCCGCGUAUCGUGGAUCCCUCGUGAGCGAGGCAUGGCAAGGUUUUAUGUUCUCCUUGAUGGCGAAAUCACGCAGACCAGGGCGCAAGACUCAAUUAGGGAACAUAUGGCUCCGCAUAGGAUUGAUUUCGUAAAGACAGAGUGGUUUUCGACUUUUGAUGUCAAAGAGCGUAUCGCUUCCACAUUUGUCUCGAACCGAGGAACUGGUCGUAUUAUCUUGGCAGGGGAUGCGGCUCAUGUUCAUUCCGUGAACGGUGGGCAAGGUCUUAAUACCGGCAUUGCAGAUGCAUUCAGUCUUGGCUGGCGACUCGCAACCGUAAUCAAGAGCGACCAUUUGGCCCCAGGUGCGGCGGCAAAAUUGAUACGCAGCUAUGAUGCUGAGCGCCGUGCAGUAGCACAGGAAGUCAUUGAUGUUGCAGCUACUUUAGUCCGAGAUACAGCUCAUACAGCGAAGCAAUACGUCUCGACGAUUGAGAAGAAUGCGGGAUAUAUUACUGGAAUGGGGGUUUCUUAUGACGGGAUUGGAUCUGAAUUAAUCGAGGACUCGGAGCAAAGUAUAUGGAAAGCCGGUAAGAGAUGUCCAGACAUCCAACUUGUCCGCGAUGGAACCAAUGAAAUGAUACGGCUGUACUCGAUUGCCUUGUACGGAAAUUAUCUGGUUCUUUUCGUAGGGGGAUCUGAGGUUGUUCAGUCGUUCAGGGAUAUCUGCACAUAUCUCAUCCUACGGACUGGUACUUCAGAACAAACACCCACGGAUGGUUAUAAUAACGGAUCUCAAGAUGAAGUGCGCAUCUUCUCUUCGGACGCCGUUACUAUCGACGAUAACUUCACUGUGGUAGUAAGGCCGGAUAUGUAUAUAGGUUAUGUUGGGAAGGGAGACGGAUGGAAACAAUACCUGGGCCAGUUAUAUGUCACAUAACUAGAGUCUAGAAGUGGUGCAUAGAAUCAGCUUAGCUCGGAUAUAAGGUAACUGAGUGGAAUAAUUAAGUGCAAAUAGAGUCUUGGAAGGUUGCCAUUGAUUUGAUAUUACGAAUGUUUUACGAAUGUUUUAUUGAAGGAUGUUGGUUUAGGU